UAUAUAGAGGCGUUUAUUCAAAAUUGACACCAAGGAUUACGUAGUUCCUUUGACGUAAGGUCUCAAUUUAAGAUUAAACUGUAAUAAGAGCAGAUGAAAUGUGCUUGAUGUGCCAUGGUAACACAACAGUCUUUGGUAUCUUGACAACAAAAAACAAUGGCCAUCUACAGACCAACACGUCUCUUCCUAAGUCGUAAAGCUUGCCAAGGACAGCAGAUAGUAGCCUUGUGGCGCUUCCAAAUCCCAUUUGAAGGUCUAUGUGGCUGCAGUUGCCUGUAGACAGGUACUGUAUGUCCACCCAGUAUGUUGUUAUCUGAGAAUAGCAAGCUGCUGUCUCGCUGUGUACGAUGGAGAAAAUCGCUGUCCGUUUCGUUGAACACAGUGUACACUGAACGAACCUGAGCUCUACAGACAUUUCCAGUAGUACUGACAUACGAGCUGAAAGGCAAAUAUUCGCACUAUUAAUAUAUUGACAUGUUGAUAAAAAAAGAACAGGGCAGUACUCUGUCACAUGUGCACGCCACAAACACCAGUAGUCUUGUUCUGAGUUUUUACUUUGUAUGCUUCUUAUCGUUCAACGUAUCAAUGUAUGAAAGGCUGCGUCGCGGAAACGAAAAUAAGUGAACUUAAAUUACUUUAAAAUGCAUAAUCAAGAUGAUCCAUGGGCACUCAGAAACUUGACGAGGAGAAAAUCUCUCUUGAGAUACUCUAAGAUUGGUCUUUUAUCAAUACGUAAUGACGCCGAGUCACGACUGAACACUCAUACUGCAAUUAUGUCAGGUAAUGGCACAUCUCACGUCGCCCCGUUAGUAGGACGGGUGUGGGCAUUCUUAAUGUUACAUGGGACUGAACAGGCAGGGCUGCAAUGAGGAGUGCUGACUUGUGAUGGCGAUACUUUUAAAGAAGCUCACCAUAGUCACCCUCAUCAUCAGUGGCUUCGGCACUGAUACUGAAGCCUCCCUAUGUUACGCGCCACUGGGAAUGGCGGAGGGCCAUAUCUCUGACUGUGAGAUCACAGCGUCCAGUCGGUUCGACUAUUUCCGAGCUCCGAACCGAGCUCGGCUGAACGGAGCAUGGGGGACUGGCGGUUACGCGGGGGCCUGGUGUGCCGCAACAGGGGACAGCAACCCCUGGAUACAGGUGACGUUCUCCGGGAGAGAGGUGAACGUGAGCGCGGUGGUCCUCCAGGGACGGCAGGACCAGGACCAGUGGGUGACGUCAUACAGGCUCAUGUACAGCGCUGAUUGCCAGACGUGGGACACGUACACUGACGCGGGAAACAAUGACGUGCAGUCCGGCGUGUCCGACAGGAACACUGCGGGCGUCAUGGCGCUGUCCUCCGCCGUGACAGCCAGGUGUGUCCGCAUCAACCCCGUCACCUGGGAGGGAGGUGUCGAGUCGUGCGCUUGCAUACGCUUCGAACUGCUCGGGUGUACUGUCAGAGAGUUUGCUGAGGACGACUGCCCCCCAGGGUACACGGGACAUGGCCCGUACUGUUACAAGGCCUUCACUACCGCAAAGACCUUCGCCGACGCCCAGGCGACCUGCGCCACGGACUCCAAGGGCGGCAAACUCGUCAUCAUCCGCGACCCGGCAACCCAGCAGUUUGUGGAAAGCCUCCGGCCUGACCCCGCCCAGCCCUACUGGAUCGGACUGGACGACAUGACAACGGAGGGACGCUGGGUGUACUCAGACGGGAAGCCUAUUGGGUCCAUGAACAGAUGGGGUUCAGGGGAGCCGACUAGUGCGGACUGUGGGUACAUGUCGCCUGAUGGGGCUUGGGGUGCGACCUCUUGUGGACAAACUAAGCAUUACAUCUGCCAGGCAGAUCCCCGCACGUGCGGAAAUACGUACCUACAACAUUUCCUGCCGAUCCCUGGGUACAAGAACACCGCUACUGUCCAAACCCUGGUCCACACGCCCGGAGCCCCUCCCGAGGUCUGCGCCCAGGCGUGCGUCUCAUCCGGCUCCUGCAGGUCAUUUUACGACGACGCGUCCGCGGGCCAGUGUCAGAUAUCUUCGGAAAACCGCAUCUCAAGCCCAUCCUCCAUCGUUCCUGACGCUGGGAGUACACUGUACGAGCUGCGCUACAACAAUGCCGGCUAUCAGGGUUGUUACAAGGACCAAGAGUGGCCGGAUAGAGACAUUGAAUACAACACGACAGUCUCCACAUUGAACGAAUGCAUCAACCAUUGCCGAGGGAAGUGUAGAGACUUUGCUGCGAUGCAGGGUCGGGAUCUGUGUUUCUGUUCCAACUUCUACGGUCGUCAUGGAGAGGCCGCUGCAUCGGACUGUAACAUCGACUGUAGAAACACCACUCUGAAAAAAUGUGGCGGGAACCUGAGGAGUUCUAUCUACUCGGCAGACCGCUGGACCCCUGCUAUGUUACUGGAAAGCCUGGUUGGUUUUCAAUGUUUGGCUGUGAACGCCAGCGGCUCUACUUUCACCCCUGGGUACCGGUCCUGUGUAAGGGACGACAUCAGGGUUCAUUGGGACUGGAAGGGAGGUGUAAGUCAGUUACAAAACCGCUACACUGGAAGGUGUCUCGCGAAUUGUGGUAAUGGGCAAGUGUGCAUGAAGACCUGCACAUCCUCCUACGCUGCAGCUCAAGCAUGGGUUUGUAGCGGUAUGUGUAUCGUCAGUAAGUAUGCCGCUAACGCAGGACUGGCGGACCGGUACCUGACGCUCAAGGGGGACGGCACUCUCAUGCUGUCAGCCAUGUGCUCCAACCCCGGGGAUAUACAGGCUCACUGGCGGGUCUUCGGCUCCCCGAACAGGCGAGCCUGCCAAGCCGACAAGUCCUCCCCAAGUGACGCUGAGUCCAAAUGCGGAAAGGUGGAGUGCGGUGUAGACUGGUACGAAGUGAGCUGGCCGAUGUACACGCCUGGCGUUGGAGACGAUCCCCCCACCAGCUUUACACUGGUGCUCUUUCCAGCUAGCUCAGACCUCAAUCAUUGGAGAGUCGCCGAAGUCCCGUCAACAAACAAUUCUUACUUCAUGGACCGGCUCAGUCUGGGAGAGAAGUAUUACGUCAUCAUCACUGCCAACCGACCCGGAAAAGUGGGAGCGGCCAUCUUGAAAGACAUCGAGCUCAAACCAGAUCCGCCGGGAGACCCUCACGUCAUCAAGACCACAUCCUCAAGCAUCUAUAUCUUAUGGAACGACUCAACCGCAAUCUCGGAAGGUUACAGAGUCGAUUACUUCCCAGAGGGCGGAAGUGCAGACACCAUACGGACGGUGGACGUGCAGCCCACAACAACAGUGGUGGAGCUGACAGAUCUGCUGCCGGGCCACAAGUACAACGCCACGCUCGUCACCACAGGGCUCUACUCAGUCAACAGUGUUCCUGAAAAUGUGUCUGGAGAAACGAAUGCGUUAAAAGUGAAGAUCUCCGGAGGAGACGGGAGAGCGUUAGGGAACAGGCGGCCCUACCUGAUGGAUGCCGAGUCGGAGACGUAUGACGCCAAUGAUCCUAACGUUACCAGCAAUUACGUCUUCAAGUGGUACUGCAAAAAGUGGAUUCCAACAACAACAACCGCACCCCCGACGACUACGAUAACGGUGACGCCUGCCCCAACAAAUACCACCACACACUUCACAUCAUCAGCGGCUAAUGCUACUACGUUGUAUUUCAAUACAACAAGUACGUCGUACUUCAAUACAACAGCUAUGGCUAAUAGCAGCAUGCACAAUAACGCCAAUGCCACCACGCCUACGAUGUCUACGUCCAUCCCAAAGACGUCUAGGCAACCGCAGCAUGCUGAAAGCGCCAUGCCAGUUAGUUACCAGGACGGCCUCGCUGUGGUCCACAGCCACUGUGAAACAGGUAACUACGAACUCCUCUGGGAAGGAGAUGCUAAGAUCUUCUUGGACACUUCUGAUCUGGAACCGAACACCACGUACGUCAUCAAGGUGACGGCCUCUAAGGAGAUGCUCCAUCCUCUCGGGUACACCUACAUCGGAGAGGAGUCCUUUGAGCAGAACGUUUUCAUCGUUGAAGGAGAUCCUCCCAUGAUGUCAAUCAACUGCAUUCGGAACUGCCUGUGGGCUGUUGACGUGACGGAGUCUCUGGCUCUCCGAGGAAACUGUGACUCCUGCCAGAAGAACUCCGAACUGACGUACAAAUGGGAACUGUUCAGGGAGGUCAACGACACCAUCGUGGAGAUACAUGACUGGCAUUCUCUCACUAGCACAGGACGAAAAACAGCCAGUCUAGCAAUCAAGGCCAACGAAUGGGACGUCAGAGAAGUCUACCGCUUGCGUCUGAAUGGCUUUCCUCCGAAUGGUCUUCCUCCCGGCUUCAUCGAAAUCAGAUACCCCACCUCCCCACCCCUCUACACACUGGACUGCGUCAUGAACCCAGAUAAAGGAAUGCUGUACGAAACCAACUUCUCGGCUAGCUGUGAGCUGACCGGAUGGACUGGCGAGCUGGAGCCACGUCUGACGUAUGAGUUCACGUCACAAGUCAACGCUCAGGUGACGCAGCUCGCUAGCGUGACCCGGAUGUCCAUUUUCACCGUGCCGCUGGACCUCGUGGCUGGGGACCCUGCCAGCGCAUGCGCUGUGCUCGUCAAUGUGCAGGGGCUUCUUGGAGGCGUCCUUAGGGCAAACACUACCGUCCGUCCUCAAGUUAUUCCGCCUGUGCAGACCCAUGCUGAGAAUUGCAGACACGUGUUUGAGCGCAUGUGUGAGAUCCAGGAACUGCUGCUCGCGGAAGAGUACAAGGCCGCCCUCUUGGCUGUGGAGCGGCUCGUCACUUACUUCAACUUUCUUCAGAACCAUAUCGGGACCGACUCCCGUACUGCUUUGAACAGCUAUGGCCUGACAUCAGUCGUCAACCAGGUUCUUUCAUCCACUGACAUCACUGGUAUAAACAGCACCUGUAUAGGGCAUGACAGUACAGAUACGCCUUGGGGAGCAGCAAUCACCUUUCCCGACAGCUGGCUGAACAUCACAACAGUUGACGGCAUUAUAGCCGCCCUGUCUGUGCCCGUCACUGCCACAGGAAGUAAUGGAAAAAUGGAAGAGUUUUACGAGUAUGCGAGAUCCGCCACCGCUAAGAUGGUGAUGGUGUCCCAGAACAGCAUGGCGGGACCUGCACUGUUGGAGAGGGCUGCAGAUUCUAUUAAGGCCCUCAUUGAUGGCAAAGUGUCACUGGAUGCACAGAAGCAAGCAGUAUCCUCGGCAGAAGCCAUGGCGGGCGAACUCUUGAGCCUUGGCAGUAAUGAUUAUAAGCAGAACAUGGUAGCUGUUGGAGGUCUUCAGCAAGGUUUAAACUCUCUGAUGGGGUCAGCUCGGUCCACCCCAAGCGAGGAUCAGACGGAAGAGCAGGCGGAGCAUGCUAAGAAGGCAACAAAUGCCGUAACCUCAGCAACCACAACCUUGGGGACAGUGGUCCUGAAUCACCGUCUGCCCGGAGAGCCGUCGGUUGGAUUCCAGUACGACAACUUCGGCGUGGCCUUCCAGAAACGGUACUCAGAAAGUGUGGGCUCAGAAGGCUUCACGGCUUCGGAAGGCUCUGUCUCUCUUCCGAGCAGCGACGCUACCAUGAAGUCUUCAGAUGAAGCGCUUAAUACAAAGUUCAUGAAUUUCAACGAAAAUCCAUUCGACUGGGACAACACAUCCAAGAUUGUGACGAAGGUGGUUUCCUUGGACCUUACCUCAGAAACAGGAGGAGCAUUUCCGGUGAAGGACACGGCGAACGACAUCUCCAUUUUUGUCGGGAACGACGCAGACCCUCCCGAGCCGCGCCUCGUCAGCAGGAACAUCUCGGAGCCGGGGAAGUCUGAGAUGCUCUACCACGAGAUCACUGUUCCGUACAAUUCAUGCGCCAUAUUUACGGCGUUUGUUCCUUACAACAGGACAGUGCCUUUCCAGGCGUACGUCAAGUACGGACAAGUACCCACGGAGGACGACUACAACUUCACGGCUACGAUUCCUCCGGGUUUAAACUUGUCGCAAUGCCACAUGGGCCUUGAGUACACACGAAGUGACUGGAAAAAUUAUGUCGUUUCCUUCCAAGACAUUGCCAAGAAUGGCACUUACUACUUGGGCCUUAAAGAAAUAAACCAGACCGAUGUUUGUGGUGCUGGUUAUGUGUAUGGAGCAGAUUUGAAGGAGAACACCACCGUCAUCAGCUACGACUUCCUCACCAUCACACCCACCUGUCGGUACUGGGACGCGCAGGAGGACAAGUGGGAUUCUCAUGGCUGUAGGGUGGGUCCGUUGACCACGAUGACUCAAACGCAGUGCCUGUGUAACCACCUGACGGCGUUUGCCGGGGAGAUCCUGGUGGCGCCAAACACCAUCGACUUCUCCACGGUGUUCUCCAAGUUCGCUAACCUGGGAGACAACGCCGCAGUCUUCGCCACCGUUCUCACCAUGUACGUCAUCUACUUCAUCGUGGUGUUUUGGGCAAGACGAGCGGACAAGAAAGAUGUCGUUAAGUGGAGCUGUGCCCCUCUGCUUGACAACAGGCCCGGGCACAGCUAUUGGUACAAGAUCACAGUGUACACAGGAGUGUGGAACGGCGCUGGAACUAUGUCACGUGUCGGCAUUAACGUUGUUGGAGAGACGGGGAAGACUGGACCAAGGGUUCUGGAAGAUGGAAAGCGCCAGGGAUUUACGCGUGGAAGCAUCUGCCAUAUGGCCAUGGCAACAGACGAGAGUCUGGGCCCACUGGUCAACAUCCGUCUGUGGCACGACAACUCCGGGAAGGGUGAGCAUGGCAGCUGGUUCUGUGACAGGAUCGUUAUCCAGGACCUGGAGACGAACGAACGGUGGUUUUUCAUCUGCCAGCGCUGGUUGGGAGUGGAGCACGAAGACGGCCGUGUGGACCGCAUCCUGCCGGUGGCCAGUAAGGACGAAGUGGUCAGCUUCUCCAACCUGUUCCAGGACAAGACUCGGCAGGACAUCACGGACGGACACAUCUGGUUCUCGGUGGUGUCACGGCCCACGCGGAGUCACUUCACUCGUGUACAGCGGGCGUCUUGCUGCCUGUCCCUGAUCUUCUGCACCAUGAUCGCUUCUGCCAUGUUUUACCAGAAGUCUGAAGGAGGUAAUACAAUAAAGUUAGGACCGUUUGUGUUUUCCGUGACAUCAUUUAUGGUCAGCAUUCAGAGCACAUUUAUUGUGUUUCCCGUGAACCUGGCUGUUGUACUGUUCUUCAAGAAGAGUCGACCCCUGCCGGAGGGGGAGAAGGAGUGUGCCUGCUGCAUGAAGUGCUGCUGUUGCAAGAAGGAGAAUAAGGUGGAGGAAAAAUACACCGCAGAGGAAGAAGAGGUAGGCCUGGAGACGGUGUCUUCUAACGUUCCUAAAGACGAUGAUGAAUCGAGAGUUGAGGAAAGUGAGCUGAAAGCUCCUACAGCACACAUAGAGGAACUUGACUCAGAGAAUGGCAAUGAGCCGAAUGAAAUGGACAACAGCAAGGAAGAAGAAGACGAAGAAGAGAAGAAGGAGGAGAAGAAAGAAGAGAAGAUGAAAGAGAAGAAAGAGAAAAAGGACGAGUUCAUUUUUCCACACUGGUGCGUGUAUUUCGGCUGGAUGCUGACGGUGGGGUCUGCCCUGGGCUGCGGGUUCUUCAUCAUCCUGUACUCCAUGGAGUGGGGUCCGGAGAAGUCUAACGAGUGGCUGGGCACCAUCCUCAUGUCCAUGUUCCAGUCCAUCCUUGUUGUGCAGCCUAUUAAGGUAAUCCUCUUAGCUGCCCUCAUCUCCUACAUCUUCCGUAACAAGGCUGAUGUUGAUCAGGUAGGAGACACGGACACUAAAGUGAAGCCUGAUGAGGAACUGCUCUGCACCCCACCUGGAUUGGUUGAACCGCCCACCAUCCAGGAGCCGACUAACGACUCCAGCAAUGAGAAGUUCCUGGAGGAGGCACGAGAACUCCGGAGGAAGGAGAUCAAGGCAAAGGAGGUGAUGAAGGAAGUGUUCAUACACUACCUAUUUGUCUCCAGUGUGUUCUUCCUGAGCUAUGGUGACAGGGAUCCAACCGGCUUUUACGUGCAGGAUAACCUGCAUGGCAUGUUUAGCGGAUUUGAGAAGAUCAAAAACCACAAAGCAUUGUUCAAGUGGCUGGAAGGAGACUUUGUUAACCACGUUGUUGGCGGGAAGCUUGGCAACAGAGGUUACCUGUCUGACAACUACAGCUUCCGCCUUGGGUCUGCUCGUCUGCACCAAGUCAGAAACGAGCCAGCCACCUGUAUGACCACCCGGAUUCCGUACUUCCCCUGUAAGAUGGAGUACUCCGUCUUGGACCAGCAGGAGACAUCUUACGAGCCCGGCUGGGAGCGGAUGAACGCAACCAAGGCACAGACUCUCAUUGAGGCUGAACAGUACACCCCGUGGAUGUUUCAGGAAACUAGUGACCUAUUCCCCUACUCUGGGGAAACAACAACCUACAGCAGCGAUGGGUACUUUCUGGAGAUUGGCACCAGCAAGAAUGAGACCGUAGCUUCGUUAAAGGAUCUAAAGAAGCACCUCUGGUUGGACAACUUCACCAAGGCCGUGAUUAUUGACAUCGCCGUGUACAAUGUCAAUGUCAACCUGUUCUCUGUCAUCACCUUUCUGGCUGAGUACCUUGUAGGCGGGGUCAUCUCAGCCAAGGUCACCAUCAAGGUUAUCCGACUGUACUCGUUUGUUGGUGAUUUCGGCAACACCCAGAUCGCGAUGCAAGUGAUAUUCGUGGUUCUCUUCAUUUACUACUUUCAAAGAGAGGUCAAGCUGAUCAUCAAGGAGAAGAAGGCUCACUUCCGGUCCAUGUGGAACUGGGUGGAGUUCCUGCAGUCCUUGCUGUGCGUCAGCGUCAUUGCCAUGUUCGCCAUGCGCGAGGUGCUGCGGAUGACGACCAUGAGCAAAUUCCAGAAAAACCCAGGCCGGUACAUCAGCUUCCGGGGCAUGGCGUUGUAUAGCGAUGUGUUCAUCGGUCUGAUCGGUGCCCUUGUGUUCGUGGCAACACUGAAGCUGCUGCACCUCCUGCGCUUCAACAAGCGGGUGGCCAUGUUGUCUGCUGUUAUCAAUUAUGCCGCAAAGGACCUGGGGCUCUUCUCUAUCAUCCUGAUGACAGUCUUGAGUAACUUCACCUUAGUGGGGAUGAUACUGUUCGGCACCCACAUCAAGGAGUUCUCCGGCUUCAUCGCUAGUCUGGAGCGGCUCAUUGCCAUGUUGCUGGGGGAUCUGGACUUUGACUCCAUGUCGACAGCCAGUCGAAUCCUCGGACCCUUGUUCUUCUUCGGCUUUAUCCUCCUGCUGGUGUUCCUGUUGCUGAACAUGUUCGUGUCCAUCAUCGACUCCGGCUUCGGCGAAGUGAACGGUGACGAAAGCAAGAUGGACACUGAUCAUGAGAUAGUGGACUUUAUGUGGUUCAAACUAAAACAAGCUCUUGGCAUUGGGAUGAGCCGUGUUGACCAGGAUGAUGACAAUAAGGCACCUGAAGACCCACCCCUGCCCGAUGGAGAGGUAGAGGAGAAGUUAAACCUGCUCCAACAGCGUGUGGACAAGAUGGUGGAGAAACUCUCCAACAUGGACGACGGGGAGGAACAGUAACUCAUGGUGUUGACAUGUGAAAGACAUUUGGCUAAAGAAUUAGUUAGGUGACAAAAUGUCACAAGAUGCCACUGUCCAAUUGCUAUUUGCUUCUGUCCAAUUGCUAUUUGCUUCUGCUGCACAACGUCUCUAAUAAACUGCUUUUGAUGUCUAAUGUACAUGCAAAAAGAAAGCAUUUAUAAUACCAUAAUGCAGCAUUCUGAGAU